AUGAACCAAUAUGCGACAACCCAUCCAAUGCAGAUGUCGUGUUAUGCGAAUGGUCAAGAUGAAUACGGCUUGAAAAAAAUGUUUGAAACAAAACAACAAACUGAUCAAACAGAUGAAAUCCAUAAAUGUGCUUAUUGUGAAGAAACGAAUGGGUUGGUGAGGUGCUCAUGUGGGAAAUACAUUUGCAAUGGUCCAGUGACAAAUUGCAGUAAAUGUCAAAUACUUAUUCACACAUCUAAUUGCAACCAUUAUGCAUAUUAUAUUGGAAACAUAAAAAUUGAAUGUUAUAAAUGUAAAGAAAGUAACAUUUUUGUUAUUCGCUAUCGACGUGAAGAAUUGAAAUUUUACUGCAAAGAAUGUAUCCCUCCAAACAAAGAAUAUUUAUAUAAAGAAUGUGUCGCCAAACAAGGCGUUUUUAGUCUGAACAAUUAUAGUAAUUUUGGUACUUCAAUUCGCAGUAUUUCUUUGGAUAAAAUUAACUCGAUUGAUCAAGUUGAACGUUUUUCAAUAUCAAAUAUAGUACACGUGAAACAAGUGUAUAAUGGGCAAACCGACUAUAUCAACACAUAUCAAACACUUUACAACUAUGAGGAGGGUGUUCAAUAUUGGGAAGAAUAUACUUACAAAAAAAUGGUCACUUUCAGAAAAGAAAAGGGGAAGACAUAUGUUACUAUUAAACACGACAAAAAGGAAAAAUACCCCCGAGUGGGAUGUCAAGUCUAUUUAGUUGAAAAGGGGAAUAAAGCAAUUUUGAACAAAGAAACUGAACAAUAUAUUACCAAUUGUGCAGACAAACUAUUCAAGGAUUGUUCUUUUGUUGUUAAAGGAACUGUUCACUGUUCAGACCAAAAGAAAACAGAGCUUGUGAUGACAGAAACUGUGAUCAGUGAUAAACUCCCAAUUGAAAAGCAAACAAUACCACAGCGACUUUUUAAUACUUUGACUGAUUCCACACAACUAUUUAGACUGUAUGUAUGGACUAACCAAUCCAACGGAAACGUCAUUACAAGAAGUUUCGACUUUUUAAGUAAAUAUGAACACUCUGAUGACUAUUAUAAUACUUUGUUUGGGUCUACCCCUCUUACACAACAGUUCUAUUAUAAUAAUAGUUAUAUUAAUCCACCACAUUUGAAUUGCCCAGUUCAUUUAAAUCUAAGUCAAAUCGCAGCAGUUUUAAAAACACCUUCACAAAGAUUCAAAAGAGGACACAAACACAAAAGAUCACAGGUGGAUUACAACUCUUUUGAAGAUGAAGACAAGAAAUUUUAUGUCACUGCUUCGAGUAAUAAUGCGGUGAAUGUUCUUACUGAGCGUCUUGUGGAUUAUAAAGUUAAUGUUUUUCGAAUUGCCGCAAAUGAUAAAUAUGAAGAUCUGAGCGACAAAGUCAGAGAAGUAUCUUUGAUAUACAAAGCGUAUGAAUAUGCGAAGAAUGUUCGUCUUGUUGACAUAGAAAAAAUUUUGAAGAAGAAAAUCGACUCGUUUUUUACUGAAAAAGAGAGAAUUAAAAUUAAUGAUAUGGAGCUUAAUUACAAUAAAGAUCUGACAUUAAAAAUGCAUUUCAAAACAUUUGAAAAAUACUUUAAAGUUACUGAAAAGGAUCUUUUUCAAAGAAAACAACUUUCUUUAAAUAAAACGGAGACUUCACAAAUGAAUGAUUUCAUGAAAAACAAUUUAAAGAAUAUAACAAUGAAUUGUGAUGUGAUUGCAGCAACUUUGACUAAAAGUCUUUCUGGUGUUAAAUUUUGGUGUGCUUUAAUAGACGAAGCGGCACAAUCGAUUGAGCCCGAAACUUUCAGUGCUUUUGCCAAAGUUAAUAAAAUAGUGAUGAUAGGAGAUAUCCAACAACUUCCACCAACCAUACUUUCAGAUGAAGCAAAAGAAGGAGGUCUUGAAAAGUCGAUGUUUGAAAGACUCUUGUUGAAUAAAGUGCCAUAUGUAUUAUUAAAUACACAAUAUCUAAUGCACCCCGCUAUUUCAAAGUUCUCAAAUGAAUUUUUUUACAGAGGAAAACUCAAUGAUGGGGUGACUGCAAACGAGAGAAGUGACAAUCGAAUCAACAAAAUAUUCUCAAAGAAAGAGUUUCCAGUGAUGUUUGUGCAUUGCAAAGGAGAUGAAGGUUAUGGCUCCAGUGGGAAAAGUUAUGGCAAUGACGCAGAAAAAGAAGUUGUCAAAUUUUUAGUUGAAAAAUAUAACAAGGAAGGAAUCAACGACGAAGAAAUUGGAAUUAUAUCCCCAUACUCUACCCAAAGGGAUUUACUUGGAGAACAACAUAAAACAAUUCAAGUAGCAAGUGUGGAUGGAUUCCAAGGAAACGAGAAAGAAUUUAUUAUUAUAUCAUGUGUCAGAUCAAACUCUAAAGGAGGUAUCGGAUUUCUAGCCGAUCAUAGAAGACUUAAUGUGGCUUUGACAAGAGCAAGGAAAGGGCUUGUAAUGGUGGGAGACGCAUACACUUUGCGUCAUAAUUGUAUUUUUGUAAAUUUCAUGAAGAUGGUGUACGAUGAAAAAAAUUUUAUGAGUCUAAAAAGUCAUUAUUCGAAAAAACAAAAAGUGAACACAUUGAAGUUACAAAACUAUGUGAUCGAAGAAAUAAAAAACGCUCAAAAGACUCAAGUUCCAAAUAUGGUGUGUUAUGAAAGUAUUGAAAAUAUAAAUACUAUUCAUCAAAAGACUAAACCCGUAAAAAAUGAAAACUUAAACGAAACAGAGUCUGUUACGGAAUUUGUAACAACAAACAGUGAUUAUUAUAAUCAGCUAUAUUAUGAUGACUGUAUAUGUAAUACUACAGAAUUGACACCUCUAUACCAAAACGGUGUGAGACAAGUGCAAGGCACAAAUAAACCAUUAUCUUCAGAACAACAAAUUUAUUUUGAAGAUGAUUAUGACUAUAGAAUAACAGAAGAAAAAAGAUUACAUUUGAUUGAAUACGAAGAAAGACAACAAAAACAACAAAAAGAAGAAGAAGAAAAAAGAUUACGUUUAAUUGAAUACGAAGAAAGACAACAACAAAAUCUAUAUGGACAACAAGAAUUAGUAAAUCAAAGGAUAUAUAAAUUGGCAAACCAACAAGAAACCUUUCGAAUCCAAAAUCAAUACCAACGAAACGAAUUCAAAACGUCAAAUUAUAGUCAACCUGAAACAAAGGGUGUGUUUAUGUCGCGUUUGAAAACUUUUAAAUUUUUAAGUAAAAAUAAAAAUAUAAAAACAAGACUUUAUACAAUUCUAAAAUUCAGUUGGUAUUAG